GGGAGGGAAAAAGCGACAUUGCCGGGGAUGGCGGCGGCACCCACAGCGCGGCGGUCGCUCGGUUAUGACGUCCCUGCUCGCGGCCUCUCCCGGGGCCCAUCCCGGCCCGUCCCGCCCGCUCUCCCGGCGCUCGCCAUGGCCCUGCCCGUCAUACACAGGUGCCUCCAACUCAGUGAUGAAAAUGAGCAGUUAGUCAAGAAGGUGAAAAAACUACACAUAAAAAAUAAGGAGCUAGAAAAGARUCUGGGUCAGAUUGAAGAAAAACUGCAUCUGCAGCAGUUAAUGCCUGUCUGUGGCACAAGCAGAGAUGUUCAGGUUCAAACAGAAACCCAUUUAUGGAAAAAGGGUGGAGACAGCAAGGAUCUUGCUCUAGAAGGUGACAGUGUCAGACUACUUCAGAUGUAUAAUGAGCUACAGAAAUGUUAUGUUAAAGAAUCCAAAACAAACAAGGCGCAAAGGGAAGCAAUUAAAAAUCUCACUACUAAAAUUCAUGAGCUAGAGCAUAAUCUUCAAGAGCAGAGGCAAAGAAUUGAGCAACUGGAAUGUAAAAAGGUUUCUUGGAAAACUAGUSCUGUUUCUGGAAAAAGAAGUCGAACCCCAGAGGGAGGAGUAACUUCUCACAGGGACAUUUCUGAAAAGGAUUCCUGUUGCAGUAGAUAUGUAGAGCUAUUGUUGAAGGAGAUUAAAAAGCUGAAGAAAGAAAAUGGAAAGUUGUCUGCAGAAAAGAGAGCACUAAAAAAUGAAUUAGCUGGAUUAGACAAGGAUUUUUUUGAAGAGGUAGAAGAUCUAAAGCAUGCUGUACAGGAAUCUAUGAAACUGAACAAUGAGUAUGAAAAGUGCUUGAAACAAAUAAGUGCAAAGUAUGGACUCCCUUUUACAGCACAUUUGUAAACUACUGGGUAAUUUAAUGCAAAGUAGAGUUUCCACAUAUUUUUUAUACUUACUGCAACAUUUAAACGUGCCAUUGCUUAAGUGGUACCACAUUUUGAUAGUAUUAUAGAUUCAGUAAUAUGAUCUCAUUAUGAGAUCUCGGACAUGUAUUUUAAGGCCUUGAUUUUUUUUCUUUUGUAUAAAUGUUAAAUAAACUGUGAUCUGCAUAACUUCAAUUAAGUUUCAAACCUGUCUCUUUCACACUUGGAGUACAUUCAUUGUAGAGGUGGUUGUGGGUGUUUGUUUUAAAUAAUUUUAUUUUGAAGAAUUUCCCAAUUUAUCCUUYUCUGUAAGUUACAGAAAAUCAAAGUAGCUGUGUAGAUUUGGCAGUCUUCAUAAAAAUUUCAGCCCUAAGGAUAUGACARUGCAAACAGAAGUUAAUUCUAGUAUUAAAUUAUUGCAAAGAGGUUUCUUAAAAGAAAAAUGCUAAAUCUCUUGGAAUUUUUCUUUAAUCACAAUGGUAAGUGAAAAAWUGUGGAUGAAGGAAGAUUUAGUGCUCAGAAUUGGAAAGUGUAUUUAGAAAGAUGGAUCAGAGGUUUUUGCAUCAUCAAAAGAAGAAUUCAUCAGAAUUCAAGAGUGAGGUACUUGAAGAAUGUGAUAUUGGAAGAGCUGAAAAGGAAAGUGGGAGUGCAGAAAGUCACAGUCCACAAGGCAGAAAUAUGUUGCUUUAAAGAGGGUGAAUUUAGAAUGAAGAGA